AAAAAAUACAAGGAAUGAAGUUUAAGAAACUGUGUGGAUCAUGUUACCUUUUGUAAACAGGCACUGAUCCUGAAGCCACUUCCGUCUGACCUGAUAAACAAAUCCCCUAGAAACAAAUCUACAAGAAUCAAAACUAGUUCCCUACCCUAGCAUUCAGUAAGGAGGCUUUAAAAGAGAAAACAGUACAGAUAAUCCUAGUAUCAGUUAAUCAAGCAUUUGACGAAAAUUUGCCUUGAUUGUAUGUGAAAAAGAUGUGACAUACUGGAAGUUUGUAAAUCUUCACCCGACUACCUCGGCACACACAGCUAUAAAUCUUCAUGCUUCAAAUAAAAAAAUGCAAGAACCAAGCUCCAAUUACUCUCUAGACCUCGUCAAAGAAACCUGCAUCAGUGUGGAACUUCUAAAGAGAGAAGCUGAUCUUCAUAUUGAAAGUGUUGUUUUGUCUGGAAGCAAUAGUCCAGAAGAUGUCUUCAGUUCCUGUGAAAUGCAAGCAACAGCAGUUUGUAUGGACACCACUAAGUCUUCAGGUGACAAUAUCCGAAGAAGAGGUUAUACAGAGUCUUCACUUCUGAAGUUUCCCACAGAGGAGUAUAUUGGGAGUAACCAUACACCUUUCCAGUUUGACCGACAUGCUCUGGCCAGAAUUUCCACUUCUCCAACUUUAAGGCGUCUAAGGAUGGCCUCUGCCUCACAAGGAUCAUCAUUUCAGGACUGCUCUGACUCAGCUCAGCUGGGGAAAAAAAAGGAACACAUCAGCUCUCUCCACAUUUGUAAGAGUCCAUCUCGGUGCACCACAACUUCCUCACUAUUGUUGCCUUCUUGUGUCCAUGCAAAAUUACUGUCUUCCAAAGCCAAGUCUGAGACAAUUGCAACAGAUCCUAAAUCCACCAGCCCUAAAUCAAAGCUGCCAAGCCAAAAGGAUCCUCUCAGCAAUGGCAGUCCCAGUGAGACAAUUCAAAACACUUGGAGACCCAGCUCUACUACACUGCCUGAGAGACUCUGCCAUCCCACCCAUGCACCACAGGAUGGUGUCCAGAAGUGUGGAUUGCCCAUACAAAGAUCAGCAGAGCGCAGGCGUAGCUCCGUGGUGGUGAGUCUGACUGGACUUGAGGUGUUCCCUGGAGACCUCCUGGUGUCAGACAGUGCCGUGGACUACCUGCCCCAUGCUGCCCUCCUGCUAAGCGCAGAGUCCAAAAAGCCAAGGUGGCCAUUUGCCAAAAGAGGAGUUUCCUUGGAGAAAGACAGCCAGCAGGGUAAAGAUAAACAGAAGCAAGCAUCUGAUCUGGAAAACUGUCUUUCAACUGUUAAGAUCAUGGACUUCAGCACUUAUGAAUUUUUCUGCUUUAAGAGUAAAUCUUGGCAUGAAUUUCUAAAGGCACAACAGACUGAGCAGAAAGAUGUUGACAGCCGGUUGGAAGUGCAAAAAGAAGCAGCAGUGUGGGAACUUUUCACAAGUGAAUGCACUUACUUUUUGGAUCAUUUGCUGGUUCUCAAGAUGAUAUUUGUGAAUACUCUAAAAUACCUCCAGAGUAAUGAAUUUCUCCUGGAUGUGGAUUUGUGGAGGCUUUUUGCAAACUUGGAAGAGCUAAACAAGAUAAGUCUCAGUUUUCUGAGAACAUUUUUUGAAACUAUGAAGGAGCACGUCAGCAAGUUGGACUCUCCUAUGGAUUUCAGCUCCUUACUCAGAAAGUCUUUUCUGCAGUUUUUCCAGGGUGACCUCUGCCAGACACACCAGAUUUAUUGCCUUAAUUAUACCUCUGCUGUCUUCUACUUUGAAAACCUGAGGCAGAGAGAAGAUUUUGGCACCUACCUGAAGUCAGCUGAUGAGUUUGCAACCUCGCUGUCAGAGAGCAAGCUGAAGCCUAAGGCAGGUUUCCCUUGUCUUCAGCAGUGGUGUGAACAAAAUGAACAGUGUAAGAGGCUGCAUCUGCCAGAGCUGCUGGUUGCUCCUUUGCAUCGACUGACACGCUAUCCUCUCCUCCUCAACAACAUCUGGAAGAGGAGCACUGACGAAACAGAGAAAGGCUUUAUCUGGUCACUUAAAGAGAAAGUAGAAAAGUCCAUACGGGAUCUGGAAGGCAAAGUCAAGUGGCUGGACAACUUUCAAAAGUUUAGGCAGCUGCAAGAGGUCAUAAUUUGGCCUCACAUCUGGGAUCGUGACAAGAGAUUCUUUGUCCCAGAGUGUUUGAAGCAAAGCUUAAGAGAAAACAGCAGUGAGAACAUUUUGUCUUCAACAAACAGACUUCUCCUUCAUGAAGGGAGGCUAAUGCUGGCAGUCUGCCAGGUGCUGAAGAAAUCAGCUUCAUGGGCCAACACCUGCCACUAAAAGGGAGCAUUUCAUUACCACAUACUUGAAUAUGAUAGUAGGAAAACAGGAGUUUGAGAUGAUCCUACACAAAGUGCUCCAUGUGCCCAGGGACUGAUGUCAACACACCACACUUCUGUGGCACCAUAUCCACCCUGUGUUUCAUUGAAAAUUACUGAAAAGUCCAGAGGUUCUUCCUAUUUUUAUGUCACACCUCAUCGCUGAUAAGACUGCUGUUCAGAUGGAUACCUUGGAACACAAAGGUGUUGUCCUGCCAAGUGGCUUCCCUUUUACGAAUGGACCACCCAUACAACAUGCCAUUAAUUCCACAGGUAACACAUUGUCCCAGGUGAGCACAUUGACUCCUACAAUACUGCUUGCAGUGGUCUAUCACCCUGGCAGAGAGCAGACUCAUGUCUCCAGACACACAUCUGCUCCAGCACACUUCCUCCUCUCUUCCCUCACUGACCUUGAGGUCCACAUGGUCUCUUCCCUCUCUCUCCCAACUCCUUGCAUCACCAUCAGCUGGAAAAGAAGGAAGGACAGGACAAGAAGGAACAGGAAGAAGCCUCUUCUCCGGCUUCUUCUUAAAAAGUGAUCAUGGAGACAUCUAAUUGGCUCAGUCCCAGAAGUGGGUCUGGCUCAGAGCUGGGGAGAGUUUUGAGCAACUUCUUACAGGAGCCAUCUUUACAGCCCCUUCCACAUUACCAGAAAUCGCUCCAUGUCAAAUCAUGACACCUAGUUAAAAUCUUAAUUUUCAGUAGCUACUGGUGUUGCUCUGCCAAACAAUGAGUCAGCAUUAAGAAAUUUUCAAGCCAAACCUUCCAGAAACACACAUACACACAAAAAAGUAUUUUAGGAUCUCACAGGAUUGCCUGGAAGAAAUAGUUUUGAUCACUCUCUCCUUGCUGUGAAGAGUGCCUGAGCAUUUCAUGUCUACUUUUCAUAUCCAAAGAUGCCCUAUUGGUACAGGAUAGCUAGAGGACAGAUUAUAAAGGAUGACAUUUUCAGCAGAGAAAGGAGAUGAUUCUGGAAGUGAAAUAGGACAUCAAGUUGCAACCAAAGAGAGAAAUGAAAGAAAGAUUCAUGGAAAGAGAUAGAAGAAGCCAUAAACAAGGAAGAAGUCAAAGGAGUACACUCUGUAAAUUCAGUAAAAAGCUAAGGUUUCCUGCAGGAAGUUGCUUGAAAAAAAUUACUCCUGCUUUUGUUAAAUUGUUCCCUGUCAUUUAUUAUAAUACAACCUGAGUUUUCAACAUAUCUUGGAGAUCAACCUGAAAUUUUUUGAAGCAUCCUCACAGAUGUUAAUAUUCCUCACACCCUCAUGAUCUCUGAGACAGGAAGAAAAGUCAAUUUUGUGUAUUUUUGGAAAGGCUUUUGUAACACUCUGAAAUAAUAUUUUAUUGCUGCAAAAGUUCAUGAACAGGGUACUGUACCAGCAUCAGGAAAAGGUGACACUUUCCUAUUUCUUUAUCUCUGCCAUUUUCAAAGGUUCACUGUUUAGCAGGUAGGAUUUGCUAGUUUAUAGCAUGAUGAUUGUUGUAUUUGUGGGUACUUCAGGUGAUCCAGGUCACUUUUCCAGGCAGGCAAGGGGUUGUUUUUUAACAUAGCUGCCAGAAGAUUCAAGUAUUAGUAACCAAAACCAUCGAGAGACAUAUGAUUUUUUUUAAGCACAGCACUUGAGAGUGCAGACUAGGGGAUGAGUGUGUGUUCUGUUGGAAAACAUGCUUCUCUGUUAAAAGCAUUUUUUAAAAUAAACUGAUUUGUAGAUGUACCUCAUCUUAGAAGCAGCAGGUCCUUAAAAUA